CCUCUGCCCUUUUUGAUCCACAAAACCUCAAAGAUCUCCUCUUUUUCCCAUAAACAAACGAACCCUUCUUUCUCUCUCUAAGAGACCCAAAUCACCACGAAUCAGAUGGCAACGCAGGCAGCAAGCCCUGCUGCAAUUCUUCCAAGUGCUCAAGUUGUUGGCAAUGCAUUCGUGGAGCAGUACUACCAUAUUCUUCAUCAAUCUCCUGAAUUGGUUCAUAAGUUUUAUCAGGAUUCAAGCAUCUUAAGCAGGCCAGAUACGAAUGGCUUGAUGAGUUCAGUAACAACCAUGCAAGCAAUUGAUGAGAAGAUUCAGUCUCUUGAUUACAAGAAUUAUAAGGCGGAGAUUAAAACCGCAGAUGCACAAGAUUCGUACCAGGCAGGGGUUAUUGUUCUAGUGACCGGAUGCUUAACUGGGAAAGACAACAUCAAAAGGAAAUUUGCACAAACAUUCUUUCUAGCUCCACAAGAAAAGGGCUAUUUUGUUCAAAAUGAUGUCUUUAGGUACGUUGAGGAAAGUAUGCCGAUAGAGACGACUUCUGCAUCUGUGGAGGAUAUUGUAGACAGUUCUCUAGUGGAACAUGCGGUACCAAAUGCAGAGGCGACUCAUGUUUCAGAUAAUCCGACAUAUGAUUCUACAACGAACUUGGCUGCUGAUGAUAUCAAUAACGGGCCAGAAGUUUGUGACCCUGAGGAUAUCGAAGGGUCAGGGUCAGAGUCGGGUCUUGAGGAAGAAGUUGUGGACGAACCUGUUCCUGUUCAGACAAUCCCGAACGAAACAAGUCCCUUUCAGAAACCAGAUCUGACUGCAGGCCAAGAGGAGAAGAAAUCAUAUGCUUCAAUUGUAAGGGUAACCAAGGUUACUGGAACAUCUGGUUCCAGCCAUGUUCAGACAAGCAGUUUGAGGUGGGCACCUGCUAACACCGAUCAACACAAACCUAGGCCAGCGAAGCCUUCUCCAGAACCAGAAACAUCAGUCCCUGUGGUCGUUAAUGGUCCUGAAAGCAGCAACGUUUAUGAUGAUGUUGAAGGUCAUUCCAUCUAUGUACGGAAUUUGCCUAUGAAUGCGACAGUCCCACAACUUGAGGAGGAAUUUAAAAGGUUUGGGCCUAUCAAAAGCAACGGCAUCCAAGUCAGAAGUAAUAAGCAACAGGUAUUUUGUUUCGGUUUUGUGGAAUUUGAGUCAUUGGAUUCCAUGCAGAGUGCUAUAAAGGGUUCUUCACGGAACAACCGCUUUAUCCCUUAAGGUAGAGGUCAGGUAUGCAUACAUCUCAUCCUCCCCAUACGCUAUAGGGGUCAUUUACCAACACGAAUUGGGUAAGUGCUGUCUGACCGAGUAAGAGUGUGGUCUGGGUAACCGGGUAAGUUCUCAUCCGGUCAUUUAUGUUACUGAGUGAGCAUGGCAAGGACCAAGAAUCUUGCCUAAGUGAGGGUGGCGACUCUUACCCGGUUAGUGCUUAGCGGGUAAGAGAUUCUUACCAACAAUCUUAUGAUGCCAUUUUGAUGGUCGAGAAUCUUACGCGGUAAAGUAACUGAGGGUGGUGACUCUUACCCGGUAAGCUCUAACCGAGUAAGGGUAAGCACCGAUUGGAACACUGACCCAGUCAAAAAGCAACCACUUCCUUACUGGGUCAGCAUAUUUGUGGGUUAGAGUGUGUUGGUAAAGUAAACAACAUCCCUUCUUACCAGGUAAGCACCUCUUACACAGUAAGAAGGCGGUCAGUAGGUAGAAAACAACCGUAAACCUGUGAAUGCACCGGUUAGACGUUAAGACAUGUAUAAAGAAGAGAUGGUCAGGGGAGGGAGGGGUAGAGGUCAGACAAAAUUGACAUGGUAGAAGUAUUGAAUAGAGAUUUGUGUGAAUAGAUAUUAUUUGUUAAUAAUUUUUCAAAAAAUAUGUGUUACAGACACAAUCUCCUCACAUUUGGUAAGACUUGAACCGCAACUUCUAAGGAGGUUAGGCUUUACCGGUAACCCAGAUAUUGUUGGGCCAUUGACCCUUCGUAACGUGCUAUUAUUGGACUAUCUGUGCUCAAUAUAUGAAAUCUCUUUCAGGCACCUUCUAUUAUGAUUGGCAAUCGUCAGGUGGUGGUCGAAGAAAAGCGAACUACUACACGAGGUAACGUUAUACUGUUUUUCCAAAAUACUCGAUC